CACGGCUCGCUCCAGCAUUCUCCAACCAGACGUACGCUUAAACGCUUCACUGGCUUCGAGAAAAUAUCGUGAAAUACUGUAGAAAUCAUAAAGCCGAGAUUCAGGUCAAUCGCUAACUAAACGGCUUACUAGUGCAACGAAAGUAAAAGUGUUUCGAUUACUCUAACUACUAUCUACGUCACUGCCAACAUGCAGAUUAAGUACGCGUUGGUGUUAUGUUGUGUGGCUGCGGUAUCGGUUGCGCAGUCGCAAAGGCCUCCAGUCUCCGACACAGCGCUUGAUGAUGCCCUACAAGACAAGCGUUUUAUUCAGCGACAGCUUAAGUGCGCGUUGGGCGAAGGACCCUGUGACCCCAUAGGAAAACGACUAAAAACCCUCGCGCCUUUGGUGCUUCGAGGAGCUUGUCCUCAAUGUACGCCACAAGAAACCAAGCAAAUACAGCGCACUCUAUCGUAUGUGCAAAGAAAUUACCCGCAGCAGUGGGCGAAAAUAGUUCGCCAAUACGCAGGAUAGUCCAAAACUCUUUAUGAUAUGUGUUUCACAAACAUCAUUCAAUGAGAUUUUGAUUGGUUAUACGGUAGACAAGUUUAAAAAAAAUCUUACUCCAAAAAUUAAAUAUUGUACCCAAAUGACCAAAACUGUAGUUCUAAAUUGCUAUUAUUUAUUAAUUUUAACACCAG